GCAUAUCGUUUACAAUAUGCAAAUAGCAUUAGCAGUUUGCCACGCAAAACAUAUUUUGAAGUGUUGGUUAGCAAGAUGACUGUUCAAUGGCAAAGAUCAAGUAGCUAUGAGAGCGCUCUACCCGAUGAAAGCUGCGACAUUACCGAAAAACUUUGCCCAUCGGUUACUCUUCCACGCACACUUUCAAAAUCGGAAAUCAAUGGCAACGCGUUACUCCAUAAAUCGACUGAAGACAUAUGGAAAACGUGUACACAAAAAUUAGCUCUCGAAUUUAUCGAUCUCACUUACCAAGUUAAAGUGUCAAGAAGUGAAUCAAAACAGAUACUUCAUGGUGCUUCUGGAGAAUUUCAUACGGGAGAACUUAUUGGCAUCCUUGGUCCAUCAGGUGCUGGAAAGACAACUCUUGUCAAUAUUCUUGCUGGAUACAAAACCCAUAAAUCUGGAGGCAUGGUACUCAUCAACGGCCAAGCUCGUGAUUCCGCUGAAUUUCGCGAGUUAUCAUGCUACAUUAUGCAGGACGACAUUCUAUUGCCAUAUCUAACCGUAAUGGAGUCGAUGAUGGUUUCAGCUUCUCUUCACUUGAAGAAGGAAUUGGCGAAAGAAGCGAAAAAAGCUAUUGUGAACAACAUUCUCAGUCAGCUGGGCUUAGUGGAACUUCGCGACACUCGAUGUAACGAUAUAUCUGGCGGACAACGCAAAAGGCUGGCCAUUGCUUUGGAACUUGUCAAUAAUCCACCGAUAAUUUUCCUUGAUGAACCAACAAGUGGUUUGGACAGUUCGUCAGCCUACCAGUGUAUACACCUUUUGAAAACAUUGGCUUCAAAUGGACGUAUUGUUGUAUGUACCAUACAUCAACCAAGUGCAAAAUUAUUUGAAAGAUUUGACAAACUUUAUUUGUUAGCUGACGGAAAUUGCGUUUAUCAAGGAACAGUGGAUGGCUUACUGCCAUACUUGACAAAACAAGGCUUGGAUUGUCCCAACUACCAUAACCCUGCAGAUUAUGUUAUUGAAGUGUCCUCUGGAGUGUACGGAGAUGCGGUUCCCUUAUUGGCGAAAGCAUGGAGUGCACAUGUGGCCGAAAAUAUGAAAUCUAAAAGGUGCUCUACAAGCAGUAGCGCUAGUACAAACUUCAAAAAUGUGAUGAGGUCUGUUCUUCCAUGCACAAUGAAAAUAAAGAAAAAGAGUAUCUUUGGUGGUGUUAGUCAACUAUCACAGUUCAACGUUUUGUUCAAGCGAGCAUUACAGUCCUUGCUGAGAGAUCGAUUAUUCACUCAUCUUCGUGUAGUUUCUGUAACUUUAUUUGGCGUUCUCAUUGGCUUGAUGUAUCUUCGCAUUGGAAAUGAUGGCAACAAAGUGUUCAACAACACCGGCUGCUUGUUCUUUUCACUUCUAUUUUUGAUGUUCACGGCACUAAUGCCAACAGUUCUUACAUUUCCUAUAGAAAAACUGGUGUUUAUUCGAGAGCAUCUUAACAACUGGUACAGCUUGAAAUCGUAUUACUUAGCAAAGACCAUGGCUGAUCUUCCUUUCCAGAUCGCUUUUCCUGUUAUCUAUUGUCCCAUUGUGUACUUUAUGACAGAACAACCAUAUGAUGGCAUGCGAUAUUGGCAGUUCUUGACCAUAACUAUUCUGACGUGUCUUGUUGCUCAGUCGAUAGGACUGCUCAUUGGAGCACUGGCGCCUACUUUGUCGACAGCUGUGUAUGUCGCCCCAAUAACUGGCAUACCGGUCCUACUAUUCAGUGGAUUUUUUGUGAGCUUGGGAACCAUUCCGAACUACUUGCAAUGGCUCACAUACAUCUCGUACGCGAGGUAUAGCUGGGAAGGGAUCGUCGUCGUUAUUUACGGCAACCAUCGAGCACCGCUCGAUUGUGAGAUUCAUCAAUGUAUCUUUCGUAACAGCACGGACGUGUUGAAAACGAUGGAGUUUCGGGAAGAUGCAUUUGGAAUGGAGGGUGCCAAAGUUUACUUGAAUUGUUUCAUUUUGGCAGGAUUUUUUAUUGUACUUCGUCUGGCAACGUAUUUGGCGCUUCAAUUCAAGUUAUGGUCUCACAGAUGAUUAUUUCAACUCUCCGACUGUUUCUCAGUACAAUAACUUUCAAACGCCACAUUUUCUAGAUUUACUUCAUGUAAGAAUUACAGAGCAACGUAAUGCAAUUGAAAGCCACGCACAUAUAGCACUCAAAAAUACCUUUGGUUACAUUGCUAUCUUCAUCACAUUUAAUUUUCACAAACUGUUUUUUAAGAAGCCUGAAGUUUCAUGAAGAAUAUGCAUGAAUCAAUCUUCCACUAAAUCAUAGACUUAUAUAUAAUCAGCAUGGCACGAUAUUACGUUUGUGGAUAUUUAAUAUUUUGUGUCGUGUAAGACUUCAUUUUACGUUACACUACUUUAAGAAAGCCAGCUUUGAAUGGAUAUAGCAUGCUCUACAUACAAAGAGAUUAUGGCUUAUCGCUCUGUAUAAAUAAUGUCUUACUAACCGCGCUAUAGAAAAAUAAUGAAACCAUAUUUUUGAAA